ACAAUGCGAUACAACUCUAUUUCACAACGAAACGCCCGCAGUUCAGGUUAAAAUUUCACUUCUGAAAACGCAAGCAUAACAAAAUGUCUGGUGAAAACCCGUUUGCACAGUUUGAGAAAUCCUUCACCAAGGAUGGAACGGUUUACAAGUACUUUGAUCUAGCGUCCAUUGAUAGCAAAUAUGACCAGCUGCCAUACUCGAUCCGUGUGCUCUUGGAGUCGGCGGUGAGGAACUGCGACAACUUCCAUAUCCUGGAGAAGGAUGUACAGAGCAUUCUGGACUGGACGCCUGGCCUGAAGCAGGGCACCAAUGAUGUCGAGGUCUCCUUUAAGCCAGCACGCGUCAUUCUGCAGGACUUCACGGGCGUUCCUGCUGUUGUGGAUUUUGCGGCGAUGCGAGAUGCUGUUUUGGAUCUGGGCGGCAAUCCUGAAAAAAUCAAUCCCAUCUGUCCCGCCGACUUGGUCAUUGACCACUCUGUGCAGGUGGACUUUUCCCGCACUUCGGAUGCACUGGCCAAGAACCAGAAUCUGGAGUUUGAGCGCAACAAGGAGCGCUUCACGUUCCUGAAGUGGGGUGCCCGUGCCUUCAACAACAUGCUGAUCGUGCCACCUGGCUCGGGUAUUGUGCAUCAAGUGAACUUGGAGUACCUGGCGCGCGUGGUCUUCGAAGGCGAUGCUGGCGAUGGCAGCAAGAUUCUGUACCCCGAUAGCGUUGUCGGCACCGAUUCCCACACCACCAUGAUCAACGGCUUGGGCGUCCUGGGCUGGGGUGUGGGCGGCAUUGAGGCUGAGGCUGUGAUGUUGGGACAAUCCAUCUCUAUGCUGUUGCCCGAAGUCAUUGGCUACAAACUGGUCGGCAAGCUGAGUUCCCUGGCCACCUCCACGGAUCUUGUGCUAACAAUUACCAAGCACUUGCGACAAUUGGGCGUGGUUGGUAAAUUUGUGGAGUUCUAUGGACCCGGCGUGGCAGAGCUGAGCAUUGCCGAUCGUGCCACCAUUAGUAACAUGUGUCCCGAGUAUGGCGCCACCGUGGGCUACUUCCCCAUUGACGAGAACACGCUGGGCUACAUGAAGAAAACAAAUCGCUCUGAGGAGAAGAUCGACAUUAUUCGGGAGUAUCUGAAGGCCACGCAACAACUGCGCAAUUACUCCGAGGAGGCUCAAGAUCCAAAGUUCACCCAGAGCAUCACGUUGGAUCUGUCAACGGUAGUUACCUCUGUUUCGGGUCCCAAGAGGCCCCACGAUCGUGUCUCCGUCUCCAACAUGCCCGAGGACUUCAAGUCCUGCCUGUCCAGUCCGGUGGGCUUUAAAGGAUUCGCUAUUGCACCAGACGCCUUAGCGGCCAGCGGCGAGUUCCAAUGGGAUGAUGGCAAGACCUAUAAGCUGCAGCACGGAUCUGUGGUAAUUGCGGCAAUUACAUCCUGUACCAACACUUCGAAUCCCUCGGUGAUGCUCGGUGCAGGGCUUCUGGCCAAGAAUGCAGUCGAAAAAGGACUUAGUAUUUUGCCCUACAUCAAGACAUCCCUGUCGCCUGGAUCUGGUGUAGUUACCUACUAUCUGAAGGAGUCUGGUGUCAUACCUUAUUUGGAGAAACUAGGAUUCGACGUUGUUGGCUACGGCUGCAUGACUUGCAUUGGCAACUCCGGUCCGCUAGAGGAGAACGUUGUCAACACCAUUGAGAAGAAUGGAUUGGUCUGUGCUGGCGUGUUGUCGGGCAAUCGUAACUUCGAGGGUCGUAUUCAUCCCAAUACACGUGCCAACUACCUGGCGAGUCCUUUGCUGGUCAUUGCUUAUGCCAUUGCGGGACGUGUGGAUAUUGACUUUGAGAAGGAGCCACUGGGCGUGGAUGCGAAUGGUCAGAAUGUGUUCCUUCGCGAUAUUUGGCCAUCGCGCAACGAAAUCCAAGAUGUGGAAAACAAGCACGUCAUUCCCGCCAUGUUCCAAGAGGUCUACAGCAAAAUCGAAGUGGGUUCGCAGGAUUGGCAAACUUUGGCCGUUUCCGACGGCAAACUGUAUCCCUGGAGCGCUGAUUCUACCUAUAUUAAGCGUCCGCCUUUCUUUGAGAAUAUGACACGUUCAUUGCCCAAGCUGCAGAGCAUUCAAAAUGCGCGCUGUCUUCUCUUCUUGGGUGAUUCGGUGACCACAGAUCACAUCUCACCCGCUGGUUCCAUUGCCAGAAACUCGCCGGCAGCUCGCUUCCUCUCUGGACGCAAUUUGACACCUCGUGAGUUCAAUUCGUAUGGCUCGCGUCGUGGUAAUGACGCCAUCAUGGCACGCGGUACAUUUGCCAACAUCCGAUUGGUGAACAAACUGGUUCCAAAGACCGGACCACGCACAUUGCACAUACCCAGCCAGGAGGAGCUAGACAUUUUCGAUGCUGCGGAGCGCUACCGUGAGGAGGGCACUCCGCUGGUCCUGGUGGUUGGCAAGGAUUAUGGCAGCGGCAGUUCUCGGGAUUGGGCUGCCAAGGGUCCCUUCCUACUGGGUGUGAAGGCAGUUAUUGCCGAGUCAUAUGAGCGAAUUCAUCGCUCCAAUUUGGUCGGCAUGGGAAUUAUUCCCCUGCAGUUCUUGCCUGGCCAAAAUGCUGAGACUCUCAAGUUGAACGGUCGUGAAGCAUACAACAUUUCUCUACCCGAAAGUGGCUUAAAGCCGGGACAGACAGUUCAAGUUGAAGCUGAUGGCAACGUCUUUGAGACUACAUUGCGCUUCGACACAGAGGUGGAUAUUACGUACUACCAGAAUGGUGGCAUCCUGAACUACAUGAUUCGCAAGAUGCUCUCCUAAAUCUUCCCCUUUUAAUUUUCACAUAUUCCACUUGCAUUUUAAAUAUUGUACAUUGUAGUCUCCUAAGUUUUCAAUGUGUGCUGGUGCUUUCCCUGCUUAAUGGUCGAACCAAUAAAAUUAAGCCUACAUUUCUUUACUCAAUAAAAAGUUAUGAACAAAGUA